CCCUGCUUUCCAACAACAAUACCUCAUAUAUCUGUACAGGUAGUCGACUGGCUCUUCCGUCUCCUCCUUCUGCGACUCUGGACGAAUCACAGCCCGAAAAGUCCGACCUUUGUCACACAACCUGUCAGCAGCAACCCCCAGGACCCGACCCCUUGCUCUUCUCUGCCCUUCUCUCCUUCUCCACGCAACGAAAGUUUUGUUUCCCCACGCUCAGCGAUCCGCCCACUUUUGUGCCCCCUCUUGGCUUCAAAACACUGUAAAAAGAUUGAUCGCUUCGGCCCUUUUUCCCGACACCCGAGUCUGCUCAUAUCGGCUUUGUGAUACGCAUUGCGCCGGCGUGCACUCGACCGGACCCUCCUUCCUCGACCGUCCCUGCUCCUGCUCCUGCUCCUGCUCCAUCCUUUCUGCCCCUACAGCCAAAAUGCGCAGGCAAACAUCCGUAGCCUCGCUCCUCUACGCUCACCUUUUCCCUAAUCCUGGCCCCUCGGACCCGCCGAAUUUCCAGACCCACCUUGCGCGCGACUUGAUUCCAGAAAUCCGCAUCGAGACGGCCACCUUCUACGGCAGUCUGGACAGCAUCGAGGCCCGUUAUCCUGGUUUGAACUAUUGCCAUGGGCCUCAUCGCAUGCGCCUCGGCCGCUUCCCUCACCAUGCCCGCCUAUUCAAGGUCAUCGACGACUUGGACAUUACGGAACAAGAGGUCAUGGACUUGGUGCGUUGGGAAGGCACGCUAUGGGCACGUCAGAGAUUCGAAAGAGACGAGAACAUAAAGGUCAGGGACACAACAGGAGAUGGCAUCUGCGACUGGGUCGACCCGCGCAUCAGAUCCAAACAGAAGACCUUGAUCCGUGUCCAAACAGAAGUCGAGAUCACCGAGGGCAGGCACCCCGUUGACAUGCUUCUUGACGACGACCACGAGGGACAUGUUCUCGACGAUGAUUUAGAAGACGACGACGAUGACGACGACGACAAUGAUGAUGACGACGUGGGAGAGAAUAUUCAGAGCAUCGGCCACGAGCUCAACCGCCGUCUCCUUGCUGCCAUUGCCGCCAGACAACAAGGCCUCAACGUCGAGAUGGAUCCAGAGUUCGAAGCCUAUCUCAAGGAGCUGGUCGAGAGUGGCCACCUCCUGGCUACCUCACGUCCUGUCGACGGUCCAAUGAGCCGCUCCGACACUUCUUCACCAACACCUCGCCUCAUAUCAUCCUCUAACGUUCUCGAUAUCUCUACUUCUACCGCUACGGCAGCUGCCACUCUUAGGCAACCAACUGCAUGAUGAUAUUUUUUACUCAUGUUUUUUGAUUCUUCACCUUAUAUUGCAGCAUUUCUCAGCUUCUGUGGUCUAUGGUCUGUCUCGAAUUUCAGCCUGGCGUUGGGAAAGGAAAAACAAAGGAUUAUGAUGUUUAAUAUGUAUUUAAAACUGUUUAGCAUGGAGUACGGGGUUGUCUCUUUUUGGGUGGCUAGGCUGUUGGGACAUGGUUCGACAGGACUUUAACAAGCAUUGCAAUGGAUUUAUGAAGUAUCGUCAA